AUGGCCGAACCACAACACCCUCCGCCACCUGCGGAGGCUCCGGCAGCGCCGUCGCCGCCUUCUUCCGCUGCCGAAAAUGCUUCCCCUGCACCGGACAAGGAAGACCCACCAGCACAGCCAACAUUAACUGAACAGACUCCGCCUCCUCCUCUUGAUCCUCUUCCUUCUGAUGAACCUCCGGAAAUUCCAGAAAAGGAAGAGCAACAGCCGCCGGAAACGGAACCUGAGAAGACCUUGACGUUGGAGAAAGAACCGGAGCAGGUGACCGCGGAGUCUAGAUCGCUUGCGGCGAUGAUGGAGAAAGAGGAGCUUCCGCCGCCGCAGCAGGAAGUAAGUGAGAAAACAGUGGCGGUUAACGCCGACGAGGAGGUUUCCGGCGACGUGAAAGAUAAAAGUAGGGCUCCUCAGAGCUUGGUUUCCUUCAAGGAGGAGAGCAAUAACGUGGCUGAUCUCUCUGAGUUCGAGAAGAAAGCUUUAUUAGAAUUCAAGCAGCUUGUUCAGGAAGCUCUAAACACUCAAGAAGAAGUGAAGCUGGAGACUCACUCGCCGGAGGAAUUCUCCACUUGGGGAAUUCCUCUUCUGAAAGACGACCGGAGCGAUGUCAUUCUGCUGAAAUUCCUCAGAGCCAGGGAUUUCAAACCCAAGGACGCUUUUAUCAUGAUCAAGAACACAAUUCAAUGGAGAAAAGACUUCGGCAUCGAGGAGCUUGUCGACGAAGAUCUCGGCGAUGACCUGGACAAAGUUGUGUUUAUGCACGGACAUGACAAGGACGGGCAUCCAGUUUGUUACAACGUUUAUGGAGAGUUUCAGAACAAGGAGUUGUAUCAGAAGACAUUUUCAGAUGAAGAGAAGAGGAUGAAGUUUUUGAGAUGGCGGAUUCAAUUCUUGGAAAGGAGUAUAAGGAAACUUGAUUUUAGUCCUGGUGGUGUUUGUACUAUUUUUCAGGUUAAUGAUCUGAAGAAUUCCCCUGGACCUGGAAAAAGAGAGCUUAGAUUGGCAACUAAACAGGCUCUGCACAUUCUUCAGGACAAUUACCCUGAGUUUGUGGCCAAACAGGUAAUAAUUAGAGUGAUAAUCAAAUUAAUUGCUGAUUAAAUUUGAAUUAACUAGGAUUUAAUCUUUUGAAAUCAAGAAAACUCAUAAAAUUUAUUUAUCGCAUCAAUAAAUUGGAUGAACAUACAGGUCACCAAGAGUGUCAUCUAAUAAAUGGAUCACAACUCUUACAAUGUAUAAAAAUUUGAUCAUGAAAUUCAAUGGUUUGUCCGUGGAUGCAUAAUUACCA